CUCGAAACUUAUCCACAUAUAGAAUCACAUGUCGAUGCAAUUUUACCGAAAAAGGACACUUUUAGAAUUGUAAAAUGCCACGAUCAUAUCGAGAUAAUGGUGAAUGGACAGGGAGAACUAUUGUUCUUUCGCCACCGAGAGGGUUCUUGGAUGCCGACUUUAAAAUUGUUACAUAAAUACCCAUUUUUCUUGCCUAUGCAGCAAGUUGAUAAAGGAGCUAUCAGAUUUGUUCUAUCAGGUGCAAAUAUCAUGUGCCCCGGUUUAACUUCCCCUGGAGCCUGCAUGACUCCAGCCGAGAAAGGAACAGUUGUUGCCAUAAUGGCAGAAGGAAAACAACAUGCUUUAGCUAUUGGUAUUACUUCCCUUUCUACAGCCGAUAUUGCCAAAGUGAAUAAAGGCAUCGGAGUGGAAAAUUGCCAUUACUUAAAUGAUGGACUUUGGCAUAUGAAAGCUGUUAAGUAG